AGCUUCUUUGUUUGCCUAAAUGGUAUCACAGGCGACCUUAAUUCAAUCCUUUGAAGUAUGUUCUGCUGACACUUGCUCACAACAAUGUCCAUUGAAAGAAAUGUCAUUUACUUAUGAGUUCACGUAUAAUAGACAAGCCACAAUAAAUAAUGCUCCUUUGAGAAUCUGAGAUGGAGCUAAAAUGGAAGAUAGGAAUGAUCUUUCUAAGGUCGAUGAUGACUCCGUGACAACUUUUCUCGAGGGGACAUUGGAUAAGGUGAAAGAAAGAACAACAUUUUCAAGAUGUAGGUGGGAAAAGAAACUCCUAAGCCACGAGUUCCAACUUCCAAGCUCUUAGGUUUGGGUUGGUGCAUCAUUUGGAAACCGGUACACUCAAUUGCAACCUUUUGCAUUUAAGCAUCUUGCAUUUUAAUCCAAAUCAAAUUUCUAAGCCAAAUUGAAAGGAAACGUGAUUAUUGUUGGUAACCAAACAACAAAUAUAGAGUGCCACGAUCAACUCUGAUGGACAGACAGGUUCCAGUCCACUACAUAAAUAAAGUAGACUCUACCAUGCCAUCCUGCAGGAAUGCAAACUUAUGAUUGAAACAACCCCACGUUCCCCUCUUUCUCACACCUACACAGAUUAGCUGCAGCAGCGCUUUCAUUGGCAUUGACAAGCGAAGGAAAAAACAAUGGAGGUCUUUGGUGAAGAAGGGAGCCAAAAGGAUUCCAGGUGACGCUUGCUCCUGCUUAUUGGUAACUUAUCUGCCUUCUUUGUGCAUUAAGUACCUAUAGUCUAUCUUGGUCGCUUUCGGUAAGGGUCCAGAAUAUCAUCAAUAUUAUCUUUUACGUAGUUACCCACCUUACGCAUGUUCCUCGCCACUCCUGAUGCAACCAAGUUUGCAUUCCUUGUAAACCUGCAAUUAUGUUGGGGAAAAUGAAAUUCGUCAUUGAAU